GGAAAAGAAAAUUCGAAAUUGUUGAAAUAAAAAUCAUUUCGUUAAUGAGUAAUGAAAACAACGUGUUGUCUACCAAUUAAACUUCGUUUACUUAUGUAUAUCAUUGCGCGACGCAGCAACAUUCAACAUUCGCAUAAAACACCCAAUUGCCGUCAGGUUAAAUUAGCCAUCAACAUAAUGGAGAAAAUUGACUGUUUGCUUGUAUGUGUUUGCCCCAAGAAAUAUAAAUUUGAAUAUUCGCCGACCGCACACUUUUCCGUAAUAAAUCAUUUCCAAGCCAUUGCCAAAAUUGGCAGUUGCCAGACACGAAAGCAGACGAACGGUGCAGUAUCGUAGCAGAGCAGACCGGUCGUUAAAUCAAUGGCAACAAAUUGGUGGUUUUUCACAGGUACAAUAAUAACCCUCAAGUCAUUUAUAUAUGAUUUGUCGGCAACUUGCUGCUUCUGCUUGUUUAGUUCUUGCUACCGGCAUAGGUAUGCCAUGCCAUGCCAUGCCGUGCCGUACGAGUAUGUGCGACGUGUGUUAAGUGUGGAAAAUUUACUCUUAAAGUUCUUAUUAUACACAAGUAUCCGGUCAAAAACUACACCACCAUUAUAUUUAUGCGUAGACUUGAUAAAUGAUGGACCAUGUUUUGAUAGCUCCUUCAUCUACAACGAACAACUUUACUUCUCGAAUGUGUCGUCCGAAGAUACAAAUGGCAAACAAAAAACUAGUAGCAGAUGCCAAUUUAGUUUAGAAUCAACCACAAGAGACAUUUAA